AAGUGGGUGACGGCGGCGGCGCUGAGGGCAGUGGCGGCGGCAGGGGCAGGUGAUUUCAUCCCGCAGGAUGGGUGAACCCCAGCAGGUGAGCGCUCUCCCUCCGCCGCCCAUGCAGUACAUUAAAGAAUAUACGGAUGAAAAUAUCCGCAAGGGCCUGGCCCCGAAGCCCCCUCCCCCUGUGAAGGACAGUUACAUGAUGUUUGGUAACCAGUUUCAGUGUGAUGACCUGAUUAUUCGGCCCUUGGAAAGCCAAGGGAUUGAGCGAUUGCAUCCUAUGCAGUUUGACCACAAGAAGGAGCUAAGGAAACUUAAUAUGUCUAUUCUGGUCAACUUCUUGGACCUCUUGGAUAUCUUGAUAAGGAGUCCAGGGAGUAUAAAGCGAGAAGAGAAACUGGAAGACUUAAAACUGCUUUUUGUUCACGUCCAUCACCUUAUAAACGAGUAUCGCCCUCACCAAGCGAGGGAGACGCUGAGGGUCAUGAUGGAGGUGCAGAAACGGCAGCGUUUGGAAACAGCCGAGCGAUUUCAGAAGCACUUGGAGCGAGUUGUGGAGAUGAUUCAGAACUGCCUGGCCUCCUUGCCUGACGAUCUGCCUCACUCGGAGGGAGGGCUCAGAGUGAAGGCAGAGCCCAUGGAUGUUGAUGAUGGCAGCUGCUGCCUUGGACAGAGUGAGAAACAGAGGGAGCGCUCUGGUUGCAAGAGAGAUCAGGUUUUAGACAAAGAUGCAGCAAUGUGUAGCAUUAUUGAUGAAAUGACAUGAAAAAAAUACUUUUUUUUUUAACCAGUUCACUGUAGCAGGGGCAGAAUGAAUUCUAGGGGUAUCUUUGGUACCAGCAAGUUUUAAUUUACUGCUUUACAAUCCAAGAGCAUUUGUCUUACAUGUGAUGGGAAGUGUUGUGAAUGACUGGGCAGAUGGAAAUGUCUAGUAUUUUUAUGUAAUUUGUGUGAACAAAAGUAUAUACUUGUUAAAUGCAUUAUGUGAAGUGGAAGCAACAAAUUAAAUUUAGUCUUUUUAGUGUACUUUCAUUUGUCACACUGCUUGUUUUGGAGGUAUAUUCUGUGUUUUACAAGGUAGCAUGGAGGCAAGUAAGGGACCUGUCAAAUGUGUGAUGUUUUGUUUUAGUUUUCCUCCUUUUAAGGUAAUUUUUACUUGUGUACACUUUCGAUGGGUCUUUCUGAAGUACGUAYUUUAUGAUUAAAAGUAAAGUUAGGACCACAUCUGCAAAAUCUGUUUCUCUAACAGAAAUUAUGAAAAAUGAUUAUACAAAAAGAGCCUAAAAUUACUUCAUUAUGGAUGUAAUGUGUUAUAAACUGGUAAUUUUUCCUUUUGGUGUGUGGGGGGGAUACUGGAAUUUUGGGAAUGAAUUGAGUAAAAAUUAAUUGGAAUUUUGUUUUCUUACAUGUAAAUCAUACCUGUUUGUGAGGUUACAAAAACACCUAUGUAUUUCUUCCCUUUGUGUGUGUUUGUUUUUGGAAUGGAGAGGUGGUCUCUUUYGCCUGUCCCUCCUUUCAGGGAGAUCUUAAUUCUGUCCUUUUGCCAUGCAUCACCUAUUUUCCGAACUCUGUGUAAAAAAAACUAUCAUAAACCUCCUAGAUGAGGGAACUUGCACAGACUGUUUUUCACYGUGAUUUUGUGGUCUUUUCUUUCUAUCUUGUCUAGUUAAUUUGGAUAUAUAUUCAGAAAUGUGUGCUUAAAUAGGCAAAAGCCUUAGCUAUUGGGUGAUGCAAAUAGAGCUCCCUGUAGGUGACUUCAUCAGGAACAAGUGUGUGGAUGUGACGCAUGUGAACUGUUAGUUUGGGUUACCAGUGAGAGAAUCAGCUACUUUAUUAAGUGCAUGUGACUUGCUAGUCAUAAAGAAGAGGAAACAGGUGUUUGUCAAACACAGCAAUAAGUUYACAGCAAGUUACCACUUACCUUCCUGUCCUGUCUUCAGCUGUGGCUUGUUUUCUUCUUCACCCUUGGGCUACAUCUAAACUAUAUGGUUUAUUUGUAACUAAAAAAUUGUUGAGAGUGAAAGAGUUUAGUCCUUGCUGGGUAAGAGUGUAAUAUGGAGCUCCAGUUUCUCACAGACAUUUCAACUUGGCCAUUCAGAGGAAAAAAGUCAUAGAUGUUUAAUUUUCUGCUGAUCUUGUCUCAUUUUUAUGUUUUUAAUACAGUCGUAGGUCUGGGCACCAUAGUUUUAAAAGUACUCUGCAAGCUGUGUCCUAGCAACCACUAAUGAUUGCAAUAAACUUGUGAAACAAAUUUUGAGAUAAAUGAAGGUAAUGUCUUUAAAAAAAUACUUGAGCAGUUUUCACUUUCCCUCCAAAAUUCUUUUUUUAAAAAAUAACUUUUUUGGGAGGCCCAUCUUUGAAGCAAAUACUUGCACAAUUGGGGAGAAACAUUAUCUGUUGCUUCUAGGCUUUAU